AUGGCACUUCUUCUCCAGUUACAAAACUCGGUGGCGGUGAUGAGAAGAGAGCUGCAGAAUCUGAGAAAGCAGGAGAAAACAGAAAGCCGCCCGUCGAACGUCACCCCACGUGUCUGCCAAAAUCAGCCGUCUCUCGUGUCGAGCCUCUGCGAGGCUGCCAUCGGUACCGUCCGAACCUGUUUCCGAGAGAAAAACGGGACGCCCCGCCAGCCGGGCCUCGUCCGCGGUGCCCGCGGCGUCAUACGUGUGGCAGAGCGGUUCACCAACCCAGCCCACUCUCUGGAAGGACUGGAGGACUAUUCUCACGCUUGGGUGCUGUUUGUGUUCCACCUCAAUGAACAGGAGAGAGUCAAGGCAAAAGUGAAGCCGCCUCGCAUGGGAGGGGAGAAGAGGGGGGUGUUUGCCACUCGCAGUCCUCACAGACCUUGCCCCAUUGGACUAAGUCUGGUGAAAAUCGAUCGCGUCGUGAACGAUACUCUCCACAUAUCCGGCGUGGAUUUGGUGGACGGGACUCCUGUGUUGGAUAUCAAGCCUUACAUCCCGGCAUACGACAAUCCUGCACUGCACUCGCACAGCUUGCGAGAGACUACAGGGAGCAAAACUUGUCCGUGUCAAUUACAAGACUCAUUAGUUAGGGUUCCUCCCUGGGUUGACUCACAGGAAACGUCCUGUAUCGAUGUUGAGAUAUCUAAAAAAGCUGAGGAUCAACUCUCCCUAUUUCACUGCCACCCAACAGCGGGCAACUUUUCCUCAGAUAACUGCAAACUCCACGCAGAGAAAACGAGUAGUGAGGUGGAACCUGCUAAUAAAGAGUUGUCGUCAUAUGUGCUCCAUACGUUUCGUUCCGUAUCUGAUGCACGAGAGGCAAUAGUGGAGGUCCUGAAACAGGACCCUCGCUCGGUGUACCGCAGAGAAAAGUUCUCCCACGAACUGUACAAGUUCAGCGUGGACAACCUCAACGUUACCUGUGAGUUCACUACGGAGGGGAAGGCAAAGGUGAUAGACAUACACCCAAAGGAACGGUGGGUAUACAAACACUCUUCUAGUGAGAGUGACGGUGGUACGGUGUCUUUGAGUUAG